UUUCAAGCCACCUGGCAGCACCUGCUAACAGCCAAAACAAAUGACCGUUGCGUGGCAACUCGUUUGUUUAGGGUUUUGUUUACUUAUCCUUUGACAAGGACACACAAUGGACCUGAUCAAGGAGAUUAAUGACAAAUACCUGGCCCUAGAGGCGGAGAUAGACCAAAAAUUGGAGAAGGUGCAAGCUGAGGAACUGAAACUGGAACGUCAGAACGAAAAGCUGGCCGAUACUUCUAUCACCGCUGCUCCCAGGGUUUUGUCCUACGAAGAGGCCCUAUUGAGAAACACGAACACCCUGAAGGCUUUGGAAAUAGCAAAAGCCCGCCUGAGAUCACGUUCCACGUACUCUCCCGUAGAGAAACUCCUCCAAAAAGCCCUGCAGAACUACCGAAAAGAACUGGAGAGCCUGCAGGAGGUCAGUGAUAAGCCGGAGGAUAAGGAAACCCCAGAAGAGGAUGAGGACAACCUGUACGAUCUGGUCAUGCAGAAUGUAAUCGAGGCCAAGAAGCAGCAGACCGAUCUAUAGGAUAUUUCUCUGGAACCCGAGCCGUUGGCAUGGCCAUAUAUG